AAACGUUAGAAUUCGACAUAAUGUUUACGCUUUAAAAGUUUUGCUCGUACCUUAAUUUCGUUGUGUAUUCUCGAUGAGACGCGUAAACCUUUUAAAAGUGUAAUGCUGCUGAAAUACAACAUAGAGGACGCUCAAAAGAUGCAGAGGGUAGGUGUAUACGAUCGAGUGGAUAAAAUCGGGGAAGGUACCUAUGGUGUGGUGUACAAGGCGAAAGACAUUCGGACCCAAAACUAUGUAGCACUCAAACGAAUUCGGCUUGAUAACGAAACGGAAGGUAUACCGUCAACGGCAAUGCGUGAAAUUUCAUUGCUGAAAGAUCUGAAGCAUCAUUCAAUAGUGGAGCUCUUCGACGUAGUCAUAAUAGAUGCGAGCAUUUACAUGGUAUUUGAAUAUUUGGACAUGGAUCUUAAGAAAAUGCUAGAUCGUCACAAAAGCAGUUUCACGCCGAUGCUUGUAAAGAGUUACAUGCACCAAAUGCUGGAUGCCAUCGCGUACUGUCAUUUGAACCGUAUUCUCCACCGGGAUCUCAAACCUCAAAAUCUGCUAAUCGACCGGGAGGGACACAUCAAACUGGCUGAUUUUGGACUGGCACGAGCGGUAAACUUUCCUAUUAGAGUGUAUACACACGAGGUGGUUACGCUUUGGUACCGUGCGCCAGAGAUACUGCUGGGAACCAAAUUUUACUGCGUUGGCGUUGACACCUGGAGUUUGGGAUGUAUCUUUGCCGAGAUGAUUCUUAAACGGCCGCUCUUCCCGGGAGACAGCGAGAUUGAUCAACUAUUUAAGAUAUUUCGACAAAUGGGUACGCCUGACGAAACGAAAUGGCCCGGCGUUUCGCAUUUAUCGGAUUACAAAGAAUCCUUCCCUUACUGGGAACCGCAACCACUGCCAAAUGAGAUGCAGCACGACCUCGAUGCACAUACUUUAUUUUGUGAACUUAUGCAUUACGAUCCAACAAAACGACUUUCCCCAAAAAGCGCAAUGAGCCACUCUUAUUUCGAUAAUGUAAGCCUGGUACCACCAGAGCUUUAGUCCUAAUGCAAUCGAAACUGAUUGAUCAAUUAAAUUUGCGCAUUAAAACCUUCGACGAUGAUCUCGCAAUUCCGCCUCAAACUCUGCCCCGACAGCUUUAGCAUGGAAUAGUUGCAAAAGACAUAAAAAACCGUUUAAGACCAUUCAACACACAGGAGGUUGAUGGACGUGUUCAGAGAUGAAACAGCUGAGCAUAACUUACAUGUGGCGUAAAAAAUGUUUUUACUCAGAUUGCAAUUCCACGGGCAAACCCUUCGUACAGUACGUAUUGGAAUAGUCAUAGAUUGUAUGUGGCCACUCUGCAAACCGAUUGUGACAAAUUGUUAACUUUUUGCGCAAUAAACUCUUAAAAAUGGUGAGUGAA